AUGCCAGAAGACGCCCGGCUCGCUGUGUGGCAGGAGCGUUGCCGUGCCCCUCAACGAGAGGAGCCACAGUUCGUUCCCGAAGAAUCCCCCUUGAUCGAGAUACGGCUGGAGGACCAGGAAGCCAUCGAGAUCGAACAGCAAGAAAUCAUGAUCACUGGAGCUGUAAUUCAGUCUGAACAAGAUAACAUCAACGGAUGGACGGACUAUGAUGCCGGCUAUCGAAGAUGGACACCCCAGGAGAUCCGUAUUCUGCGUCGCGCCGUGUGCGCAUACGGCGAGUCGACUCCUGAAGGCUGGACCGCUACUCAGCGAAUGAUGAACAAGGACGUAGGGGUCAGAGGGCAGUCUUGGUCGCUUCGUCUGCUUCGAUAUCGGUGGUCGAUCGAAGCCGCUGCCUUGAAGGGAGAUGUCACCAGUCCCUUCCGACGGUCCCUGCGGUCUCUACUCUUCAAAUUUGGAUCUCAAACCGCAGACGAAGCUGGUUAUUGGGAUGUCAUGGCGGAGAAGUUACUGGCCAAAUAUCCGGACCAGGCGGAUGUCUUUGGGCCAAUGGGGAACCGCGGCGAACUGCUAAGAGAGAUAUGGGUAUCCAGCGAAGAGCCUAGAAUCUGCAAUACGAGACCUUUCGCUUGGCUAGACUUUGAUGAAUUGUUGGCCUGA